GCAGCAGUGACCGUUGAUAUUUUAUGAAGAUUGUUUUUGUUUUUUUCGACGACUCGACUGAAAUAGUUGUUGUUUAAAUCUUGUUGUUUGCUCCGAGAAGAAAACAGAGACAGACAGACAGAGAGAAAUAAAAGCUUUUAGUCAUUCUAAAGAUGGAGAAUAAAGAAGAGCGGUUGGACCCCGUCCGGACUUUCACCAUCAUCAGUUUGAGGUUGGAUCCGGAAACAUGGCGAGAGUUUGUUUCAGAGAGAGACAACCAGUUGAUCUUCAACAGGUUCCUCAGCGCUCAGGAUAACUGCAACCUGUUCAUCUGGAAGCAGCAGCAGCAGACACAGUCCGUCCUCUCCGUCAGCCUCCACUUCCCCGAAAAUGUCCACACCAAAGUCAUCUGUGUGUCCAAGAAGAACCACGAAGUCAUCACCAAAGAAAAUGCCACAAGUAUUUUAAUGAUUCAAGAAGUUCCAGGAGGAGACACCUUCAGCUACAGCGUCACUGUCAUUGAGGAGGUGAUCUGCCCGUUGCUUGGCAACCUGGAGAUGAACAGCAGCUACGAGGCGGGCGUGGCUGAGGAGGCUCUGAGGACCAUGAAAAGACUGAAAAAUGCAGCGCUGGUGAUGAAGGCUCAGAUAGAGGGACUGACACAUCUGUCUCUUCCUGACGCUCUCCGUGGCGACGCUGUCCACGACGAAGGGCGGAAGCUGUCAGACGUGCACAAGCUCCUCCAUGCCUGUGAUUCGUCGAUCAUAGAGUGGGCGGAGCUCGUGUCAGAGUUCCUGCAGCGAGACUCAAGUCAGCCGAUUCUGGACGGACGCAAACCGCUUCCCACAGAGGAGUUUAACUUCUGGAAGAACAGACUGAAGAACCUGAACUUCAUCCAGCAACAGUUGAUGAGCAGCAGAGCCAAACAGCUGGGGUCCAUCGUUCAGACGGCAGAGAGCGUCUACUGGGCCACUCUGACAGACAUUUACAGAGACGUCCAGGAAGCUCUGAAGGAGGCUGAAGAUGUGACUCUGAGCCUGAACUCUCUGCAGAAGCAGCUGGAGGAGGUGGAGCAGAUGGAGUACAAGCAGCUGGAGGCCAACAUGGCGGCUGUGAUGGAGGAGGUGCGUCUGGUGUGGAUCAGGUCCGAGUCCUACUGUAGACCUUCCAGGAUGGUGGUCCUGCUGCAGGAGAUCUGCAACCUCUUCAUACAGAUGAGCAGGAAGUUCCUGUGUGGGGAGGAAGUGAUGCGUGGUCUGGUGUCGAACCCUGCUCUGGUCCAUCGUGAUGUCAGCCUGGUGAUCCGAACUCUGCUCAGCUUCCGAGAGGCAUACUUACAGUGCAAGACUCAGCUGGAGAACCAGAGCCAGCAGGAUGGAGUCACACAGACCUGGGACGUUCCUCUACACCUGGUCUUCAAACACCUGGACAACUUCCUCACACAGCUGCAUAGCAUCCGGGAGGCGUUUUGUGUCGUUCUGCAGUAUAAUCAGGUGGAUCAGACCGUCCUGUCUGGUGUCAACGGCAGGAUGUGGACUGAUGCGGUUCAGGGCGUGUAUGAGGACUUCCUGAGUCAUGUGACGGUUCUGUCUGAGUGUAAAUGUGACCCCACCGACCCCGACGACCAGAGCUCCAGGUUGCACCUGGAUCAGUUUCAGGAUCAGAUGUUGGACCUGGACAGACAGCUGGGGUCCGUCCUCAGCAGAGCCUUUGAGAACUGUUGCGACUUCUUGUCUGCUUCAAAGCUGGUGGAGAUGUUCGAGUUCGUGCUGGACCGUCCUCUGAUCCAGGAUCAGCUGCAUCCUCAACUGAUCCGCCUGGUGGAGCUUGUCCUGAUGGAAUUGGACCAGAUUGAGGUGCUGUUCUACUGUCAGAGAGAUAAACCAGAGACAUUCAGCAGGUUCACUCCGACCGCUGCAGCCGGACUCUGCUGGACUCAACAGCUCAAACGGAGAACUGAAAACACUCUGGAGAACUACAGGAAGGUCGAAUACCUGUGUAUGGGCUCAGCUAAGUCCCAGUUGGUCCAGCAGAGAGCCCAGCAGAUUUUGGACCUCCUGCAGGACUUCAGAGACCAACUGAGGACUGACUGCAGCUGCCAGCUGGACUCAGACUGUGCGUUCAUCCUUCAACAACCUCUGAUACAACAAAAACAGCAAGGCAUGCUGGGAGUGAACUGCAGCCACAAGCUGGAAGCGGUGCUGAGGGAGCUCAGGUAUGUGAGCAGAGAGAGAGAUGUGGAGCUCCUCCCCCACGCUGCUCGGCUCUUCACAGUCAGAGAAGACGUCACUCAGAGCCGCCUGAGCCUGGGUCACAUGGUGUCCUGCUACAACCAGGUGAUCAGUGACGCCCUGCAGGUGGAGCUUCCUCUGAUCCAGGACCAGCAGCAGGAGCUGUACCGGGCUCUGUCAGAACUGCAGAGGAACACCUGGAGCUGUGAAGGUGUGCAGCACCUGGUGGAGCAGCGGAGAGAGAGUGUGUUAAUCUUCCACUCCACAGUGAGCAAAGCCAGAAACAACAUGGACGCCAUGACAAACAUCAUACAGGGCUGGGCGGAGCUUCACCUGCUGCAGCGCUCAGGUGACUUACUGCUGGAGGGCGGAGCUACAGGGGAGAGCUACAGACAAAUCAGAGAGGAGGGACAAGAGCUGCUCAAGUUAACACAGGUGAACAGGAGUCUGUACGGAGCGGAGGACUCCUUCGAGUCCUGGAUCAGGUAUCUGGACCACAUUGAUGACAAGGUCCAGGACGCACUCUUCCAGCUACUGCUCAGAUCACUGCACUCACUGUCUGACUACAUGAGCCCACAGGUACACACACCUCGAAACCUUAAAUCCUUUCUUUACUGUGCUCCACUGCAGGGGGGGGGUUUGGAGUUGAGUCUGCAGUUAGAGGAAACAGGAAGUGUGUUUGAGCCGUCAGUGGGCGACGGCCUCUCUGACCUCCUGAAGAACAUCAUCAGUGACAUCUACACAGCAGCCAGUCUGCCACCCAGGAUCUCUGUGAGUCACCAAGGCAACUACCAGGUGUCUCUGCAGCAGUGUCCAGAACUCUCAGCGUUGGAACAGGAAGUGAUGCAUCGCCUGCUGCAGGUGAGAGAGGAGGCAGAGCGUCUGAGGGUGGGGCUGGACAGGUACUCGUACCUGUGGCAGAGCGACAGGCUGGUGGUGCUGCAGGAGUUCCUGACCUACAGCAGACGGCUGGGACCUGAGGAGCUGGAUGCUGCAGAGGCCCCGCCCACCCUGAAGGACUUCUGGAGGGAGAUCGAGUCACUCCACAGUCUGAGCAGGGAGGUUGCUGACCUGGAUGAUAUCAUUGUUCUGCACAGCUGGCUGCAGGUUGACCUCCGACCCUUCAGAGACUCCCUGCUGUCAAUCAUCUACGAUUGGACACACAUGUACACAAAUUACCUGCUGGACUCAGUCAGCAACAGUCUGCAGCAGGUGACUCAGUGUGCUGGCGGCGAUGAAGAGUCUUCCUGUUCCUCCAGUUUCCCUCUGACAGAAACCAUCAUCUUGCUGGAAGCUGCAGGGGUCCAGCUGCCUGAACACCUGUCGGCACAGCUACAGUGUUGAUGGGCUGAAGAGGAGACGUCUGAAUAAUUAAUUCAUUAUUCCAUCUGAUCAUUCAAAGUUCAGAAGUUGAGUUCAUUGAUCAACCGAAUUUAUUAAAUGUUUCUGAAUAAAUGUAUCACGGCUGAAGCUGCUUCGAACUGUUUUAUGUUAUCGUCACCGUUUGGUUGGCAUUGUCUUUAAAUGGAGGGGAAAAUAUCAGGUUUCAAAAAUAUCCACGUAGACAAGUUCACAGAGUCUGAAGUGCAACAAUCUCAAUUUUAGGACUUAAUAUGUCUUAAAUACAACUUUACAAUAGUUUCCAAUAAAUUAGAGGAGAAUUUGAGAAAACUAGAAAAACAACAACAAAAAAGUAACAAAUCAAAAGAACUAAAAAAUAGAAAAUAUUGUGAAUGACGAGUUGAAAAGAAAAACUGAGAUUGACAUAGAAACACUAGACUAAGUUAUAUGCGUGGGGUGGGUGCCGACCGCAGCCGUAACAGUGUUAUUAUUUAAGGUAUAUUUAAGGGAAAACACAAACAUAUACAGUAAAUAUUAAAUACUGGUCACUAUUAUUGCUGUCGCACUUUUAUUAUUUUUUAUGUUCUUUGCAGGUGUAUGUUCUGUGUGUAAUUCAAUUCAAUUUUAUUUGUAUAGCGCCAAUUCAUAACAGAAGUUAUCUCAGGACACUUUUCAAAUAGAGCAGGUCUAGACCGAACUCCUUAUAACAUUAUUUACAGAGACCCAACAGUACCACCAUGAGCAAGCACUUGGCGACGGGGACAAGGAAAAACUGCCUGUUAAAAGGCAGAAACCUAGGACAGAUCCUUUGGCUCUAGGUGGGUGGUCGUCUGCCUCGACCAAAGGUGUAAGGUGCUACAAAUUUUUUU